UCUCUCUCUUCAAUGGCAAAUGGCAAAUGGCAAAUGGCAAAUGGCAAUGGCUUGUGAAAUUCAUUUUUUCUGCUUUUCGAUUUCCGUGUCAAGCAAGCAUCCAUUCCUAUCUAUCUCACCUUGCUUAACCCAUGGGCAAUAACUCCUCCUCCUCACUCUUUCUCUCUCUAAACAUUUCGCCAUUAUCAAACCACACACCAAUACUCUAUUUCCUUUCAGCUUUGCUUCACUUCUAAUCUUCUUCAACCUAAUUCCCUCCCUCCCUCCCUCUUUCUCUAUUUAUUUAUCUAUCUAUCUAACUAUCUAUCUAUCUAUGUGUGUUUAUCGGUUUUUCUUCUGGAACUGGCUUCUUGUCUGAUUAGGGAAGCGAUGGAGCUACAACCGCCGCAAGACGGAGCAGGAGUGGUGGCGCCGCCGACAUCGCUGGCUCCUGGCUUCAGGUUCCACCCCACGGAUGAGGAGCUCGUUAGGUACUAUCUCCGGCGAAAGGCCUGUGGGAAGCCCUUCCGCUUUCAGGCCGUCUCUGAGAUUGAUGUCUACAAAUCUGAACCCUGGGAGCUUGCUGAAUAUUCAUCCCUAAAGAACAGAGAUUUAGAGUGGUACUUUUUUAGCCCCGUAGAUAGGAAGUAUGGAAAUGGGUCUCGGCUUAAUAGGGCGACUGGCAAAGGGUAUUGGAAGGCAACCGGGAAGGAUCGCUCUGUGCGCCAUAAGUCUCAGACAAUUGGAAUGAAAAAAACUCUUGUAUUCCAUAGCGGGCGGGCUCCUGAUGGAAAGAGGACAAAUUGGGUAAUGCAUGAGUAUAGGCUUGCAGAUGAAGAAUUGGUGAAGGCUGGGGUGGUACAGGACGCGUUUGUGCUAUGUAGAAUUUUUCAGAAAAGUGGUUUGGGACCACCGAAUGGUGACAGAUAUGCACCUUUUAUUGAGGAAGAAUGGGAUGACGAUACAGCUCUCGUGAUUCCUGGCGGAGAGGCUGAGGACGACGCAGCCAAUGGUGAUGAUGCACAUGUUGAGGGCAAUGAACUUGACCAGGCUGCUGCUCUAUGCAAGGCUCCUCAGAGUCCAGUGGAGCCGCAGGGCCUUCCAUUUGUUUGCAAGCGAGAGAGAUCGGAGGAUCCCGAGCCUCUCUCGUUGGCCCAAGCGAAAAGAUCCAAGCACGAUGAUCCGAGCUCGAGCAAUGCAAAUGGUUCAGAAGAUUCGACCACAAUCCAGGAACCUCCAACAGCAAUGAUGACGACGACAACAACAACAAAUUACUCUCCCGCUCUCUUAGAAUUCCCCUUGUUAGGGUCCAUUGAACCCAAGGAAAGCCACCCUACAAACGUCCCCACCUUCGACUCCUCCACGCUCGAGAAGUCUGUUCCCCCCGGCUACCUAAAGUUCAUCAGCAACCUGGAGAACGAAAUCCUAAACGUCUCCAUGGAAAGGGAGACGCUGAAGAUUGAAGUGAUGAGAGCCCAAGCCAUGAUCAACAUUCUUCAAUCGCGCAUCGACCUCCUGAACAAGGAGAACGAAGACCUAAGAAGAGUUGUCCGAGGCGGUUAAGUAGCAGCAGCAGCAGUUCCAUGUAUCCUAGAUUUGUAGUUCUCCUUGGCUCAAUCCUUUUAUUCCUGUGAAGCAUGGCAUCUCCAGUUGCAUGUUUUGAGGAGUAAAAGGAUGUGUCAAGUGGUAGCCAUCUGUCGACAACUCUGUAAUAUGAUGCUCCCUUAGCUGUUUAUUGUGUACCAGUAGCUAUAGACAUUAUUGCCCAUCUUUUGAAACAGUUAAAUAAAGCAAACUGGAGUUUCUCAUUGUUUUA